CAAUACUCAUCCAGAGGAAAUGCAUUUGUUUAAAGAUUAGACUGAGAAUAGUUCUAUCAGCACUUUUCUCAAGUUGUCAAACAAACAGGACAAUUUAUUGCUUGUAUGUCAGUUCCUUCUUGGUGUCAAGUGUUGUUUUCUAACCAAUAGUGAUCUAAGCCAUUGUUCUAAGUAAAGCAGAGGGGUCUUUUUCUCACAAAGUGGGCAUCUGGAUGAGCUAUUUAAACCCUGGGAGCUCAAAACGCUGCUUCAGCAUAGUGUGUAAGGCUUACCUAUAAGGAUGAUAUUUGACCUUUUUCUUUUAGUUUUGCUCUUCUCUCAAAAUGCCCAAAUGUGUCCGAAAAACUGCUUCUGUGAACAAACAACCUCUGUGCAGUGUUACAGGAUUCAAUCUUUACAACUGGGCAUCUCGAAAGAUCUAAGGAAGAUAAACCUAGGAUACAGUCAUCUCAAGGAGCUGAAGGUCAGAGAUUUCUCUGGUGUGCCGGGUCUUGAAGAAGUCAUCAUAUCAUCAGGUGGGGUCGAGAAGAUGGAUGCCAACAUGUUCAUAUCUCACACUGCAUUAAGAACUCUGGACCUUCAUAAUAACAAGUUGAGACACCUUCCCAGAGGUCUUCCCCCUGGCCUGGAAAUCCUUCAUGUGGGACACAACAGGAUACACAGCCUCCAAGAAUCUUCCCUGGUGGCUCUCAAAAAGCUACGGAUCCUGAACCUCCAGAAUAACCAGAUAAGCACUCUGCGUGCCACUACCUUAUCAUUACUUGAAAACCUUGAGAGUGUCUACCUCGAUGGCAAUAAAAUUAAGUCAAUACACGGUGCUCCCAGGUUGCCUACGCUAAAUAUCCUUAGCAUGGGAAGCAACAGUAUUUCUUCCAUACCUUCUGCUUUUUUCUCUUCAAUGCAUCUUCUCAAGACUUUAGAUUUGUCUUCGAACCACCUAACCAAAAUCCCUCACGGUCUUCCACAAUCUCUGAUUCAUCUAAACCUGGACAGGAAUCAGAUCCGAUCACUUAGAAAUCGUGAUAUGUCUCAAAUGCACGACCUUGUAAGUCUUUGUGUCAGCUUUAAUAAAUUAAUAUCAGUGGAUAGGAGUCUUCGUCUGCCUAGCCUCUCUGUUUGCGAGUUAGCAGGAAAUCAGUUACGAGAACUUCCUGGCAGUUUGGGAUCUAAACUGGAAAAGCUAGACUGCAGGCAGAAUAAUAUUCAGGAAGUCACCUAUCAGCAACUAGCGGGGAUGAAUCAACUUAAACAUCUUUUUUUGGAAAACAACACCAUACGCAAUUUUGAAGCCGGUGCGUUCAGGAACUGCAUGCGACUUUCUAAUCUGGCUUUAGAACAGAAUCUCCUCUCUGCUAUUCCUUAUGGGCUUCCUGAGACACUGGUCCGUUUGGAUCUGAAGGAAAACAACAUUGACACAAUACACAAACGUGAGCUCAGACCUCUCAGGAGACUACAGGUGUUAAAUCUCCGGAACAACAAACUCUCCACCCUGCCUGCUUUGAAACUGCUUCCACAACUGAAGGUUCUGUAUCUGGAUGGAAACCCGUGGCAGUGUAGCUGUGAACUGCUUAAGAGAAAAAAGACACUUUUAGCAAAGCAUGUGGAAAUCAGUCCUGAUUUCUGCAGAGAGCCUGUCCAUGCAUCUCUUGAGGAAUGGCGGGCUUAUUUAUUGGCACAAGACACCUGUGAGAGGCAGACCAAGAAUUUGUUGCUGGAGAGCAAAGCUGAACACAAAGAUAAUGAAGAAUAGGAUUAUGAUUUAUAACCCUAUACCUUAUAUUUAACAUUACUGUUGUUGUUCCUUGGGUUAUAAUUCAUGUACACUUGUUUUGCUGCCUGUUAUGUCCUCAAUCUCAUUAGGAUAAACAAUAAACAGAUUUUUAUUCAUGACUGUAACUAUUGUGUGAAAAUGAAUGACAUUUCUUCGUUUAAUAACUGGGUCACUUGACUUUCUUUC